AGAGACGGGGAGGGAAGGAAGCCGAUUUCUAGCUACCCAAUCCCCCUCUCCCGAGGGAGAACACUCCUUUCCAGGUCCAUCCCUGCUUCUUGUUGGGUAAUCAUUUAAUGUUACUCCUUUUUGAAGCACACGUCUGUUUUAUCCCGCUUUUCAUUUCACAGUUCCGUGCGUGUACUGUAUGUUGUUAUUUCCCAUCUUCUGACCAAGUUGUGUGAAUUUCCUCUUUGGGAGAUACCGAAGUCAGCCUCUCUCAGUAUCGGCGUCUUGAGAUGCUUGAUGUCUAGCUCUUGUAUCUUUUUUUCUAAUCUUAACUUGAGUCGAGCUUGAUCUUGAGUGCACUGAAUCAGUCACUUGGUUUGGGAUCUAAGAAAACCCAGAGGGAAAUAUUAGACGCCGGCUGGAUGAACGCCGCUCUCUCGCUCUCUCUCACUCUCACUCUGUACUUUGGGGAAGAUUGUUUUUUUUCCCGCUGCUGCCGUUGUUAAUUUUAGGUGACCCUGUCUUGUGUGUGGAGGUGGAUUAUUUUGUUGAAUUUGGUGUUAAGAAGAAUACCCACAAGACUUUUUUUUUUUUUUUUUUUUUUUUUUUUUUUGAUGUUCUCAAUCCAGGACAGUCUCCCUCGGGGAGCUUUGACCAUGAAAGAGGAACCGUUGACCAGCGGGAUGACACCAGUCCGGUCUUGGAUGCAAAGUGCUGGGAUACUAGACGCUAACACUGCAGCCCAAAGUGGCGUUGGCCUGGCCCGGGCUCAUUAUGAAAAGCAGCCCCCCUCCAACCUGAGGAAGUCCAACUUUUUCCACUUUGUCCUGGCGCUGUACGAUCGGCAAGGCCAGCCAGUCGAGAUCGAGAGGACCUCCUACAUCGACUUUGUGGAGAAAGACAAAGAGUACAAUGCGGAGAAGACAAAUAAUGGGAUUCAUUACAGGUUACAGCUUCUGUACAGCAAUGGCAUCAGAACAGAACAAGACCUGUUUGUAAGGUUGAUAGAUUCAAUGACCAAGCAGGCCAUUAUUUACGAGGGCCAAGACAAGAAUCCAGAGAUGUGUCGUGUUCUACUUACACACGAGAUCAUGUGCAGCCGGUGUUGUGACAAGAAGAGCUGUGGGAAUCGUAACGAGACCCCCUCUGAUCCAGUGAUCAUCGACAGAUUCUUCCUGAAAUUCUUCCUCAAGUGCAAUCAGAAUUGUUUGAAAAAUGCAGGGAACCCACGAGACAUGCGCCGGUUUCAGGUGGUUGUCGCCACGACAAUCAAUGUGGACGGCCACGUGCUGGCGGUCUCGGACAAUAUGUUCGUUCACAACAACUCCAAGCAUGGCAGGAGAGCCCGCCGUCUCGACCCUUCAGAAGCAGCUACCCCCUGCAUCAAAGCAAUCAGCCCGAGCGAGGGCUGGACCACUGGGGGUGCUACCGUCAUCGUCAUCGGGGAUAACUUCUUCGACGGGCUGCAGGUGGUCUUCGGCACCAUGCUGGUGUGGAGUGAGCUCAUCACACCUCACGCCAUCCGAGUGCAGACGCCACCGCGACACAUCCCUGGCGUGGUCGAGGUCACGCUCUCAUACAAGUCCAAGCAGUUCUGUAAGGGGGCGCCGGGACGCUUCGUCUACACAGCAUUGAAUGAACCUACUAUUGACUAUGGAUUCCAGCGAUUACAGAAGGUGAUUCCCAGACAUCCAGGAGAUCCAGAGAGGCUACCUAAGGAAGUCUUAUUGAAGAGAGCAGCAGAUCUGGUCGAAGCCCUGUAUGGCAUGCCUCACAAUAACCAGGAGAUCAUCCUAAAGCGAGCAGCGGACCUGACGGAAGCCCUGUACAGUGUCCCGCGCAACCACAACCAGCUGCCGUCCCUCACAGGCUCCUCCGCCCACUCAGGAAUGAUGGGAGUCAACUCCUUCAGCAGCCAGCUCGCCAUCAACAUCUCUGAGACAUCCCAGGGCAAUGACCAAGGUUACUCCCGUAACUCCAACAGCGUGUCUCCCCGAGGAUACGCCCCCAGCUCCACCCCCCAGCAGUCCAACUACAACGCCAUCACCUCCACCAUGAAUGGCUACGGCAGCGGCAUGACCAGCCUGGGGGUGCCGGGCUCCCCCAGUUUCCUCAAUGGGUCCACAGCCAACUCCCCCUACGCAAUCAUGCCUUCCAGCCCUCCAUUGGGGGCUUCCUCCAUCACUGUCCCCUCCAGCGUUAACUCCUCCUCCUCCACCACCCCUGCUGGCAUUUUCUCAUUCUCUCCUGUCAAUAUGAUCUCUGCAGUCAAACAGAAGAGCGCCUUUGCCCCCGUGGUGAGGCCACAGACCUCCCCGCCCCCCACCUGCACCAGCACCAAUGGGAACAGCCUACAGGGUGAGCACCCCGCCCCUCACCUGCCUCCCAACUCCACCCACCACUACUGGGUGUUAGUAGAUGAGGGCAGAUAAGACACACAAGAGCUAUGUCUGGUCUUAUAGUCCCGCCCAUGUAAGUAGGAGAAAAUUAAAUCCCAAGAUAUCCACAAGAUGAAGAACAUCCGUCCCACUGCCCCCCACUACACCUCAGCAACUUCAAGAAUAACAAGAACAUGGCAGAUGGUUUGUUUCUGAAAGGUCCUGUACAAAUUUAAAAUGAACGACACAAAUUCCUUAAUGGUAGUCUGAAUAGUCUCCUGAGUUGCGUAGGUUAACCUACAGACGAACCUUGAUUAAGUGAGCCAAAUUGGACAAAAGUUACGAAAGUCAUACAGCUUGGCUACAUUUCCCCUUUUUACCCCCAUUCUCUCUUCCACAGGUGCCAUAAGUCAGACAGGCACUGUUAACCACCUCUUGAUAAAUGAUCAGCCUGCUCAUUCUGGUUUCAUUCCUGCUUGGGUUUGAGGCAUGAGGUCCUCCAAAAGAUAAUGUUUGGAUGCUCAUAAAGUAUUGUGGUUGGUUAAAAAUAAAUCAUUAAAUAAAUGAGAGUGUUGUUUUCAUGGUCAGACGGAAAGGUUUAAAUGGACGUCACAGCAAUAAAAAAAUGAAAAUGAGUGUGACUGUCUCGCUCUCUCAAGACUCACACACUGGAACAGCAGGUAUUUAAGAAACCAAAUUCCUAAUGUGACUCGUUGCAACAUUUCGUUUUUUAAUUGCUGCAUUCCCGGCCUUCUGUCCGUAACUAUAAAACACUCUAUAGUGCUACAUUUAGAAAUACUAAAAUAAAUCAAUUCAAUCAUAAAUGUUUCAACUGCGUCUUUUUAAUUUCCAGCCUUAUCUCAAGAUCCCACCUCAUUGCCACUCCAGCAGAACAAAAUUAAUUGAAGUUUGAAUCAUGUAGCCAUGCCUCGUUUGCCAAAUUGCCCACCUGUGCUGUCCCUUUUUUUCAAACAGCUCUUAUAUGCAACGGUGAUAAUAUAGUAGGGGAAGUGUUUCAUAGAUAGAAUCCAUGUUCUUGACAUGAGGGGUAAAAGAAUAGCUCCCGUUAUCUGCACUCCAAAAACUCCACACCGUUCAUAUCUUUAAACUAAACUAAAACAAAUGAGCACAGCCAGUACCAUGCUUAGCUGGAUAAAGCAGAUGUUUGAAUAUCUGCUCAGAUUUCAGAAAUAAUGAAGGCGGCCUUUAUUAUUCCCUUUUUAGUGAAAGCAUGAAUUUUACAUGGCCAUACCUGCCUACAUUUCAUUCAGAUUUUCCCUUCAGUGUAAUUAUAUGAUAUGGAAUCAGAUUACAUAAAUAUAUAUAUAUAUAUAUAUCCCUAGCCACCUGCAAAAUAUUGGUUCAUACUGUACCAGAUUAGCAGUUAUUAAUUGAAAUAGAGCCACUUUAGGACAGAGGUAGUUUAGAUUUCUUCAGAGUUGUAGUCUUCUCUUCCCAAAUGAUCUAUAGUUAUUCACCCAAGUUUCUUCCAUGGAGUUAGCCCAUAGCCUUUGUGUACUUUGGACCAAUAGUUUAGGGGGGAGGGGGGGUCUAUAUCUGGAAUUGGUCUCCAGGUUUGUGCAUCUGUAGAAUAAAACCAGGAAUGCUUGCUGAGAUUUUGAUCACGUUUAGGUACUGAUUUUAUUGUGAUUUUUUGUAUGUAUUUAUAAAUGUUUUGGGGGGUUUCUUUGGUGAUUUAGACCUGACAAAUAGUAUAAAAAGAUAUGUAAACACAUUUGAUGUCUUAAUACCUUUUAGAUAUUGUACAAAAAAAGAAAAGUAAGAAAAAACAACUUUUGUAAAAAGUGUUGUGCCCUGUCACCCUGGUUUUUAAAAAGAAGGAAUGCAUCACCAAUUUUGUAUAAAAAAGCUUUCCUAUACUGUAUUUAACAUUUUUGUAUACAGCAUUUGUGUGUUUCUCUUUCUUCCAGUUAUUGUCCAUGCGUGUCAUUGUGAAAAGUUGUAUAAUCACGAUAGUUAUUACUUAAUGCACUAUUUUAGUUAAAGUAUCUGUAAAAAGCAAUGCAUCUUAGCAAAAAUAAAAUAAGAAAAAUGUUUAAAAAAAAAAAAAAAAAGUUAGCUCACAUAUGCAACAUGAAUAUAUACAUCAGUCAUUUGAGAAUAUGUUCUUGUGUUCAUGACUUGUCUGUCGUACAGAGUUAAAGGGAGGCUCAGCUUUUAUGAAGGGGUGUCUUUAAUGUAGCACUCGCAUGUAAAUUUCCUUCUGCUCACUUGACUUAUUUGAAAGUGAUUUGUACCAUUCCACACCUAAAGUAAAAUCAAAACCGUCAGUCUCAUUUAGGACUAUGGGUAAGUGGCUGAAAGCAGUCUCAAUAGCUUCAGCAAGUUUUGGGCUGGAAAUAGCGCCGAAGGGCAGCCAAUAUACCACUGCUCUUUUCUGCGACAAGCCUAAAGAAAGAAAGCAAAUAUUAUUAGAAAAAUCAACAGUCAUUUGUUUUCUACAGCCAUUGCAGACUGCAGAUAUAACCUGUGGCAGUCCUAAUUUUAUAUUGAAACUGUAUAAAACUGAGUUGUACAGCUCGAUUUUUAUAUUACAAUAUUAUUUAUAUUAUUGGUGAAAAUUCUGCUUCGCAAGAUCAGCAGUUGCCCAGUUUUGAUUUAUUUUGUGGCUAACAAUAAAUAUAGUACAUUAGAGUGCAAACUGCUGUUUAAUAUGCUGUUUAAUACAAGAAGGGGUUUGCUUGGGGCAAUCCAGAGGAUUAGAUUCAACAGCCAACAUCAUUGAGAUUACUUGAAUGGGCAUGCAGUGGAUUUUGUUGGCCCAUAUGCCACGUAAAACUUAGUCUGGUACAUUGAAGAAAGUGCAUACUACCCGAGUUAUGUGUAUUCAAUAUUGGACCUUUCCUCAGAAUUCAUAUACUUGUGUUUAUUAAAAAGUCACCAAUAAACUGGGCAAAGAAGUUGAGUGUCCCUUUAACAAAGUAGGGUUUUCUUUGUCGUCGUUGCACACAGAUCUGUAUCAUUUACUUAUGCAAUUUGUAUUCCUGUAAUGCAAAACAGUGUCACUCCACACUAUCUCAGUGGAAUAGUUGUAAAAAAGAAAGAAAUAUAUAAAUUGAUGCCUUACAAUAUGUCAUAUUCCCAUGCAUUCUAUCUUUAUAGUUUGUAGGCUUUUUUAACAAUACUGUAAAAGUCAGCCAUCUGUUUAAGAGUUAUAUAAGUCAAUUCUGCUGCUUAAAAACAUUGGUGUUGGUAAAAUACAGGGCACACACGUACAGAAGGUUAAAAAAUGUGUUUAAAAGUGUAUUGAACUACACCCAUCUAGUGGAGUGUAGAGCAGAAAGGAGACGAGGCCAUUCGGUCCAUCUAAGCUUGUCCAGUUCCUAGUAGCUGAUUGAGUCAAUGAUAAAAUGUUGGAGAAGAAUUUCAAGUCACUUAGCAUGUUCAUUGUUUUUAUUAUGACAGAUGGACACAAUCAGUACUUUUGAUUACAUGGCAUACACAACCAUGUAAAAAUAUAGUAAUAAUUGGGUAGCUACCAACAUUUGCUGCUCUUACAUGGAAUUACGUGGCAUAUGCUUAUAAUUACUUGGAAGUGUCCAGUGUCAUGGUUUUAGCAAAUGUUGUUCACAAGGCCAUUCUAUUCUAAUUACACUUGUUACCUAAAGUGCUACCAAGCAAAUUUACACAAUCAGCACCAAUCAAUACCACUGAAAGAUCAUUGAUAGAAGAUUGUAGUUAAGUACUCCCUAGCGUAAGUUCAAUAUACAUAAAAAUGAUAACCACGACUGCAUAGUACUAGGGAGAGGAGUGCAAAUAGCGGAGGGCUAGUAAUGAAGGGUAAGAUCUGCCAGGAGUUAUGGUGGAUGCUUCAGAAACAAGGUGGAUUUCUUAUCUUGAGCUGGAGCUGACACGUAACCAAGAUUUCUCAUGAAUAAGGAAGCACCUUAUUCUGUAUUACUAACAUUCUUAUAACAUUGAUAUUUGAAAUAUUGUUUGUAUGUAUGUAUGUAUUUACAUUAUGCAUUCAUGUGUAUGUAUGAACAUGAAAAAAAUCAUAGUUUUGUUGCAUACCCCAGAAUCAGACUUACAAAAGUUUGUAAGACAAGACACUGAGUGCUUAAAUACAUUCCAUCUAAAACUUUCAUUAAUUAAUAUUUACUAACAGCAAAUGGUACUAAAAGUCACUGCAGCUUGGUCUCUGGUUUUAAAGUUGCCCUGUUAGCUAAUCUGUGCUGCUGUCUACUAAGGUCCAAGAAAAAGUAACUGGCAGAACUUAUGCCUUAGGCAAGCUUUGAGCAAGCUGAUAUGGAACAGGUGUCAGUUUGAGUAGGUAGAACCUGGAAGCCAAUGCAGACCAAUAUGUCACUGAGCUUGAUUUAUACAUUUGAAACCAGCAAGACUGCAAAGAAAAGAGGCCAACCUUUUUUUAUUACCUGGGCAAUUAGUAUCAUUUAUUAUUAUUCAUUUAUUUCUUAGCAGACGCUAAUUUAGCAGACAUCAUUGAUCAAAUAAAUAAAAACAUACUAUUAAAUAAUGCAGUAAUAUAGUUUAACGCUUACUAACAAAUACUAUAACAUUGCGGUACUGGUAUGUACAUAUUUAUGGACAGGUGUACAAAAAACAGAAUAUGGUUAUUAACAGAGUGUAAGCAUAGAAUGCAACCACACUCCAUAACAUUGUGGUUUCCAUUGAAUACUGUUCUGGGUGCACCUGGUUUAUGAAAGUGCAAAGGGCUUUCUGAAGAGUUGUCCUUUGUUUGUAUGCAGAAGAGGUUUAGCUACUCUACUUGAAUAGAUGGCUGUCAAAUGUUAUUCAUCCCUGUAUAUUCUAUGUCUUGAACCACUAACUAUACCUGCAGAGUUGGCUAGCAAGUUUAAAAAACAAAUGUUCUAUUAAGUUGUAAAUUCGGCUUUUGCUUCCAUUUACCUCAACAGAGGUUUUUAAAACUACAGAAUGUAUUUUUUUUGCAAUGAUUUAUGUGAAAAAAGGAAAUGUGAAGGAGUACUGCAUCUUUAUAAACUACGAUAUAUGAAAACAAAUAUAUAAUAUCAUCAAAGUAUAUUAAAGCACAAUGUUUAAUUCUCUUCUUUAAAAAAAAUCAAAAACAAAAACAAAGCUGUACCUUUUUUCUUUUCUUUAUGAGUCUAUGACCAUGCUGUAAAUAGGAUGCAUGCUUUUCUGUGACCCAGUGCUUUUUGUACAGAAACAAACUAAUAAAGAUUACAUUUGGCUUGA